AAGAAAGGAGAAGGUGAAUGAAGAAUACAAGUGAACAGCAUUACAAAUUCCCACUUCUGAAUGAACUAGGCAACAAAUUAAUGGUGCCUCCAUAAAGUUUGAAGUGACAGUCAUUCUCUCUCUCUCUCUUCACUUCUUCUACUUGCAGAUGUUUCAUGUCAUCAUCAUCAUUCUAUUACAUUUCCUUGCCAGAUUAAAACCCCGACGACCUAAGAAGAAGAAAUCCAUUCUUUCAUCUCUGCUGCACCAUCACUAUGAGGAUUCUCACCGUAAUUUCUCGAUUAUGUGAAAGGAACAAUAACAGGGUUCCUCGCGGAAGAAGAGCCUUCCGCAGAGAUAUUGAACAAGACGAGUUUGAAUACGCCUGCACUCAUUGUCUAUCGUCUUAUUACAGUGUCUUCGUUGUCCGUCUUGCUAUCAUGGUGAUGCUGGCGAUUUUGAUCGGAUUGCUUACGCUACUCACUUGGCACUUCACUAGGGUUUACACAACGGAAUCGUUGGAGAGUUUGGCGUACGGACUCCGGUAUGAGGUUCUGCAACGUCCGAUUCUGCGUAUGUGGAAUAUAUUGAAUUCGACUGUAGAGAUCGCUACUGCUCAGGUUAAGCUAUCCGAGUAUGUGAUUAGACGAUACAAUAAACCUGCAAAUCAAGCAGAACAAGUUCAGCUCUAUCAAGUAAUGAAGGAUGUAACAUGGGCAUUAUUCGCAAGUAAAAAAGCUCUCAAUUCAAUCACCAUAAACUAUAGAAACGGUUUUGUUCAAGCCUUUCACAGAGACCACCGAAGCAACAACACAUUCUACAUAUACUCCGAUCUAGUUAACUACUCCAUAACAGAAUCCAACAACACUGAAAACCUCUCUUCAUCCCACGAAGGCUGGAAUGAUCAAUCAAUUCGCAGCAACGUUUCUGCAAUUUGGUAUCGAGAGCAGUUGGAUCCAAUAACCGGCGACAGAAUAGGAAAACAGAAACCAAUUCCUCCAGAUGAUCUGAUCAACAUAGCCGGCCUUUCACAAGUACCAGACAAAACAGCGACAUGGCACAUCGCGGUUAGCAAAUACACUGAUUCGCCUCUACUCUCGGCUGCUCUUCCUGUGUGGGAUCCAUCGAACCAGAGCAUAGUUGCGGUUGUGGGAGUUACAACGGCUCUAUACAGUGUAGGGCAGUUAAUGAAAGAGCUGGUUGAGUUUCAUAGUGGACAUAUUUACUUGACUUCUCAACAAGGAUGGUUGCUUGCAACUUCUGCAGAUGCCCCUUUAUUCAAAAACACCACAAAUGGGCCGAAUCUUAUGAUGGCUGUUGAUUCUCAUGAUCCUGUCAUUCGUCUGGGAGCCUCGUGGCUGCAGAGAACCUAUGGAAAUAAUAAUUUCCCUCCUAGCCAUGAAAUUCACGCAAAGAAUGCUAAGCUUGGAGGCCAGCUUUAUUACAUUGAUUCGUUUUUUCUCAACUUAAAGAGGCUUCCCAUGGUUGGUGUGAUUAUAAUCCCAAGAAAGUACAUAAUGGGGAAGGUGGAUGGACGUGCGUUUAAGACAUUUGUCGUAUUGAUAUGUGCUUCGGUUUGUAUACUGGUUAUUGGAUGCGUUUGCAUCUUCAUAUUGACGACUGGAGUUUCAAAGGAGAUGAAGUUAAGGGCAGAGUUAAUAAGCCAUUUGGAUGCAAGAAGAAAAGCAGAAGCAUCAAGCAAUUACAAGAGCCAGUUUUUAGCAAAUAUGAGUCAUGAAUUACGGACACCAAUGGCUGCUGUAAUUGGAUUGCUCGAUAUCCUUAUAAGUGACGAUUCUUUAACGAAUGAGCAAUUCGCAAACAUUACCCAGAUUCGUAAAUGUUCGACUGCUUUACUCCGGCUUCUGAACAACAUUCUGGACCUUAGUAAGGUUGAAUCCGGGAAACUGGUCCUGGAAGAAGCCGAGUUUGAUCUGGGAAGAGAACUUGAAGGUCUUGUUGAUAUGUUCUCGUUUCAAUGCAUCAAUCACAAUGUUGAAACUGUUAUUGAUCUCUCUGAUGACAUGCCAAGAUUGGUUCGAGGUGAUUCGGCGAGAGUAGUUCAGAUAUUCGCAAAUUUGAUUAGCAAUUCUAUCAAGUUUACAACAUCGGGAUAUAUUAUUGUUCGAGGAUGGUGUGAGGAUUCUAACACUUCAAGAAACAGUUGGAAAUUAUCUCUGAAUCCAAACCAUGGAAAGAAAUCCAGUAAAAAGGAGAAUAAAAUGAAGAUUCUUUGGUUUGAAGUUGAUGAUACAGGCUGUGGAAUAGAUCCAAGCAAAUGGGAAUCUGUUUUUGAAAGCUUUGAACAAGCUGAUCCUUCAACAACUCGCCUGCAUGGUGGCACGGGUCUUGGGCUAUGCAUUGUGAGAACAUUGGUAAACAAAAUGGGUGGUGAAAUCAAAGUUGUAAAGAAGGAAACUCCAGGGACUUUAAUGAGGUUAUGUUUAUGUCUUAACACCCCACCAUUAGUAGAUGGCAAUGGAGAAUUUGGCCAAGGCAUGAUCAACAACUUCAGACAACAUAAAAUGAUGGUCUUGUUUGCAAUUAAUGGAAAAAUGGGUAAAUCCAUUAUGUCGCAGUGGUUACAGAAAAACGGAGUUCUUACAUGUGAAGCAUCCGAAUGGAAUGGCCUGACACAAAUUCUUCACCAACUCUUUCCAGUUGAGACCGAUGGAGGUAUAAAAACAACAACACGUCUAGAAGUAUCAAAGAGUUCUUCGAUGUUCAUCAUAAUGAUCGAAAUUAGCCUACUUGACUUAAACACCAGCAUAUGGAAAGAACAGCUAGAUUUCCUCGAUAAAUACUGUAAAUCCGCAAAAUUCGCGUGGAUACUAAACCACGACACGUCAAACAGUGUUAAGACGGAGCUUCGAAACAAAGGGUAUCUGAUAAUGGUGAACAAACCGCUAUAUCAAGCAAAAAUUAUCCAGAUUCUGGAAGCUGCAAUAAUAAAGGAUAGAAACUCUAAAACUGAUGAGAAUGAUGGGUUGCAUCAUGAAUGUGUUGUAACUGAUCCCAUUCAGUAUGGAACAGUUAGUUCCUCGGAUGAUUCCGAUAAAUCUGGAAUUGAAAGUCCAAAUUUUGUAAAAGAACGGAAUCAACAGUCGAUUAUGGCUGCUGGUAGUAUUAUUAGGCAUCCUAGAACAGAAAGUGCGAUGAAACCACUGGAAGGAUUACAGAUAUUACUGGCAGAAGAUACUCCUGUACUACAGAGAGUUGCGACGAUAAUGCUGGAGAAAAUGGGUGCUUUUGUCACGGCGGUUGGUGAUGGAGAGCAGGCAGUUAAUGCCUUGAGAGCUACACUUUCUGCAGAAGAAGAAUCUCCUUUAGAAGAAGAUGGUAAUAGAAGAAAUCAAAAUGGAAUCAAGGCUAGUCCUCCUUUUGACCUGGUUCUAAUGGAUUGUCAGAUGCCGAAGAUGGAUGGGUACGAAGCGACGAAAACCAUUAGACAGUCAGAAAAGAGCACAAAUUCUCACAUUCCAAUUGUGGCAUUAACAGCACAUGCAAUGUCAUCAGAUGAAGCAAAAUGCUUGCAGGUUGGUAUGGAUGCUUACUUAACAAAGCCUAUUAAUUCCAUCCUCAUGGUUUCAACCAUCCUUUCAUUGACAAAAAAGAGAAAGAACCUGACUGAACUGAAUGAAUUCCACAAGCAAAAUGUAAAAUGAAGUUGUAUUAGUUCUUAUAUAUAUAUGAUGUAUCAAUACAAAAAUGAGUCUAAAUAGGCCUUUUCAAUCAUCAUCUUAUAUUGUAACAUGUUGAUAGAAAUAUUUGUAUAUUAAUUAAUUAAUUAGAAAUGUGUAACUUUAUAAAUG